AUGACGAAGAAUGUAUUGAUGUUACAUGGGCUUGCACAGUCAGGUGACUACUUUGCCUCUAAGACAAAGGGGUUCCGUACUGAAAUGGAAAAGUUAGGGUACAAACUCUACUAUCCCACCGCACCAAAUGAAUUUCCCCCAGCUGAUGUUCCUGACUUCUUAGGUGAGGUAAUUGCUGAUGCACCUGGUGACGGUGAGAACACCGGUGUGCUUGCAUGGCUAGAAGAUAAUCCUUCCACCGGCGGCUACUUCAUACCACAGACGACAAUCGACUAUUUACACAGCUAUGUGCUCGAAAAGGGGCCUUUUGCGGGUAUUGUAGGAUUUAGUCAGGGCGCUGGUGUUGCUGGAUAUCUUGCAACAGACUUCAACGGUUUGUUGGGGAUUACAGCAGAGGAACAGCCACCAUUAGAGUUUUUCAUGGCGUUCAGUGGCUUCAGGUUCCAACCACAACAGUAUCAAGAACAGUAUGACCUGCAUCCAAUAUCGGUUCCAUCUCUACAUGUGCAAGGCGAACUCGACACUAUCACAGAGCCGAUCAAAGUGCAAGGCUUGUACAACUCUUGCACGGAAGACUCCCGCACUUUACUAAUGCACUCCGGGGGCCACUUCGUACCUAAUUCAAGAGGAUUUUUGAGAAAAGUGGUCCAAUGGCUCCAACAGUUGGCCUGA